UUGUAGAAGAUGGAAUGCCAGUAAUAACAGAACAUCCGCUUGAUGUAAUUGUUGCAAAAGGUGAACCGGCAACACUGAAUUGUGCAGCCAAAGGUCCGGACCUCCAAAUUACAUGGUUCAAGGAUGGAGAACCGGUGAUUACAAAUAAUGAAGAAAAGAAUUCACAUCGUUUGGUACUUCAUACCGGUGCUUUAUUUUUACUUCGAGUUAAUAAUGGUAAAGGGAAAGAUGCAGAUUCAGGGACAUAUUACUGUGUUGCGAAAAAUAAGUACGGUGAAGUGUGGUCAAGAGAGGCAUCACUCAAGAUUGCCAUGCUGCGGGAUGAUUUCAGGAUAAGGCCGAGGCCAAUACAGGCAGUGAUUGGUAACAGAGCGGUCUUAGAAUGUUCUCCGCCACGUGGCUUUCCAGAACCAGUUGUCUCCUGGCGUAAAGAUGAACGCGACUUGCGUCCUCAGGAUGAGGAUGGUAUUGUGCUACACCCAAGUGGUAAUCUCGUCAUCGAAAAGGUGCAGCGAUCUGAUGCUGGUUUUUAUCAGUGCGUGGCAACAAAUAUGGUUGGCGAAAGGGUAUCAAAUCCAGCGCGCUUAUCUGUAUAUGAAAAACCUUAUUUUUUGCAAAAGCCACAAAAUUUAACGGUCGAAGUAGGGUCGUCGGUACUGUUCGACUGCCGUGUUUCUGGUGAUCCGAUGCCUUCAAUAUCAUGGAAGAAAAGAAAUCAGCAAAUGCCCGUUGGUCGAGCUUACAUCGCAUCAGACAAUCGUGGCUUGCGCAUUGAUAAAGUUCAGCCAAAUGACGCUGGGGAAUAUAUCUGUCAGGCGAAAAACCCUGCUGGAAGCAUCGAAACAUCAGCUCUGUUAAGUGUACAUGCUGCGCCAUCUUUUACAAAAACUCCUCGUGAUGUACUUGUUGAUUCUGGUUCUGUUGCAAAAUUCCGUUGUGAGGCAGAAGGCCAACCGCAACCAGCAUUGUUUUGGUCAAGAGAAGGCCAACAGGAGAUAUUCUUUCCGGGCCACAUAUCUUCAGAUGGAAGAAUAAAGGUGACUUUUGAUGGUGAUCUUACUGUUGCGGAUGUAAGACCUGCUGACGAAGGCAAUUACGUUUGUGCUGCAAUGAACCUAGCCGGAAGUAGUCUGACCAAAGCUGCGCUAAAAGUAACGAGUAAAACACUGCCUUCGCAUCCGCCACCGAUUAUCGAGCAUGGGCAUUCUAAUCAAACAUUAAUGGUUGGUGCUUCAGCAAUAUUACCUUGUGCGGCAAGCGGUCGCAAUAUACCUCAAAUUAGUUGGUUAAAAAAUGGCGAACAAAUUGACCUAGAAGAUGCAUACUUUGAAACACGUUUCAAGCAACUUUCUUCUGGAUCAUUGCAGAUCGAAGAGUUGAAAAAAAGUGAUACUGGUGUUUAUACAUGUCGAGCACGUAAUCAGGAUGGUGAAUCCACAUGGACGGCAUCUCUAGUCGUUGAAGAACACACCAAUCCAUCGGUUACAUUUACUCGUAUGCCAAACUUAUCUGCUUUUCCAUCUGCACCGGGCAAACCAUCGCUGCAAAAUGUUACUGAAGAUGGUGUUGAUCUGAAAUGGACUGCUCCAGAAAGGAGUGGCGUUACUUUGGUUAAUGGCUAUCUUCUGCAGUAUUUCAGCCCAGAAAUGGGCCAGACCUGGUUUAAUGUCCCUGACUAUAUUUCUGGUCCAAGGUAUCAUCUAAGGAACUUGAAGUCUUCACAUUCCUACAUUUUCAUCGUCCGUGCAGAAAAUUCUGAAGGUAUUGGUCCACCAUCACCAAUGAGCGAUGCUAUUCAAACUAAGCCGCAGAAAGAGCAGAGUGAACGUGAAAUGACAAAUGCAGAUUUGGAUUUAGACACUGCUCGAGAACGGAUUGCAUCGGAACAAUUAAUCAAAUUGGAUGAGGCAAUUACUGUUAAUGCUACGGCCGUGAAAUUGAGUUGGAAGCGUCGGAGAAAUGAACCAUUAGUCGAAGGUUAUUAUAUCAAGUGGAGAGCGGUACCAACAACGUCAGGUCAAAAACAGGCUGGAGCUAGUGGCACCGAUAGCCACUGGGUGAACAUUUCUCAACCAAACACUGAUACAUACAUUGUGAAUGGUUUACGUCCUUUUAAAAAUUAUGAAUUUUUUGUGAUUCCAUAUCACAAAACCGUUCAAGGUAUGCCGAGUAACUCGUUGAAUGGAGCUACUAGCGAAGCUCCACCUACUUCACCUCCAACAGAUGUACGUGUUCGAAUGAUGAAUUUGACGACGUUGAGAAUUUCGUGGCGUCCACCGCCUGCGGAUGGAAUAAACGGGAUUCUAAAAGGUUUCCAGAUUAUCGUACUGGGUAGUGGUGCUAAAUAUAAUCGAAACAUUACAACAAAUGAACGUGCAGCAAGCGUUACGUUGUUUCAUCUUAUACCUGAGAUGACCUAUGGAGUCAAAGUUGCAGCACGAAGUAACGCUGGUGUUGGGGUUUACCAUGGACUUGAAGCUGUUACAAUGAAUGAAGCAACACUGCGAGAACAUAUCCGGUUAAUGAGUGGAAUUUCAUCUGGUGAUCGUUUGCUACAUAUUAUCAAAAGGCCUUGGUUUAUUGCUACAGCCGGCGUAUUGAUAUGGAUUACAUUCAUCGCCCUCAUCACUUUCAUAUGGUGGAGAUGGCGAAAAUCGAAGGGUAAAGCUGCUGUUCGAUUAGGUAUGCCGUUUAUUAAAAUCAAUGAUGGUAGUGUUCAUCUGACAGCUCGAGAUGCCUUAUGGAUGGAUCAUCCGAAUUUUAAUUCUGCCCAGCGUUCCCUUUUAAAUAGUUCCAUAAAUGGUGCACAUUGUAACGGGCCGCCCAUUUACACGCAAACGCCGCAUCAAGCUGAUUUUUAUAUGGAUGGCCAAAUAUUACACCGUGAUACAUCGGCACAUAUGUUGGGAACUGUAGAUCGAGCCCAGUCACCCAACCAUUAUCAUUAUGCUGCACUUACUGCCGGUGGUAUAUCCAGUUUAUCAACAUUCUAUGGUGGUCAUCAAGUUUUGGAUGAUCCGUCCCCGUAUGCAACGACGACUUUGGUGAUGAGCAACAGGCAGAGAUGGUUAAAAGAUCAUAUGCUUCGAGCUCCAAUGCUUCCUUCCAACCCGGUUCCUUCUGCUCCUCCACUACGCUUCAAGGAGGCUGGAAAACAUCAUAAUACAUUAGGCGAACGACGUUCUCCCUUUGUUGAUAGCAAAAUGCGCUCUAUUGGCCAUCAUCAUUCAGGGAGUCCUCCUCAUACCGACGUUUCUUAUGUACAGUCCUCUGAUGGUACUGGAGGAAGUUCGAAUGGACGAAAUAAAGGAGGUACUCUGAAUGGAAAGAGAAGUCCACCCAAGCAGACAUUGCUCGAUAUGAUACCUCCACCCCCGCCAAAUGCUCCACCAUCCGAUAUUCAGAGCGACACACACUCAAAAGAAGUAAUGGAUUCACCUGAUAGUCAUCUUAUGGAUGUCAGCGAACACUACGAUGCUGUCUCCGAUGCACUGUUAUUCGAGAAUGAUGCAAGGCACGUACACGAAAAGCCUAGUUUAACAAAUACUAGGCCAAAUAGUCGGAAUAGGAUAAAUCAUCGAAAUGGAGCAGUGGGUAGUUGUGGCGGAGGUCAAGAAGAUGAUGAUAGUCAAAGGUCUUCAUUGAUGAACGAUAAUAAUCGAUCAGCAUUUUGCUCGUCUUCAGAAGCGGACGAAGAAAAUUCGGAAGAUGAUCGUGUUCGAAGAUCUUCGAGUCGUGCUGAUCGUUCCCAAAGUCCAGAAUAUGCUGCCCAUCGACCCUCACAACCGUGCAUGGGUGUUAGUGCUUCGGCGCUUACUCAAAGUUCAUAUGAUGGAAUAUCGGCAGUGCGUUCUUCGAGUCGUUUGAAAUCGAUGCCUCGAAACUGUAAAAAAGAUCUGGUCUAG